UAUUUCUUAUUAAGGCUCUAAAAGACAUGGUUUCCUAGCACUGAAUGAGAUGAGUCUCAAAGGCUUUGUAUCAAUUGUCAUCAAUUUAAUUGGUCUAGCAGAGGAACCAAGGAACAAUAAUGACGUCCCUUUACCUUACAUGCUGCCACAAAACAAGAAGCAGCAAUCAUCUGAAUCUGCAGCAGAAUCAUCCAAUUUUGUGGAGAAUAAUAGUGAGGAUUGUUGGUGUUGUGUGUGCUUGUCGAGGCUAAAGGCCAAAGAUGAAAUCCGUGUGCUUCCUUGCUCUCACAAGUUCCAUAAGAUUUGUGUAAAUAGAUGGCUUAAGGGUCACCACAAAACGUGUCCACUGUGCCGUUUCUCAAUGGGAGCAGAGGAGAAGUCUCAUCGUGCAGAAAUGUUCACUGAAGAAAUGUUAAUAUGGUUUUCUUCUUUCCAUGUAGCUGGUAUGUAAUGAUCUCAAAUUCACCAAGUGAAUGAAUCUAUAUAGUUUUCUACAACCAGAGCCUUGCUUUUUCAAGUUUUUGUUGAUGCAAGGCUUAUGAAUCUGAUUAUUAGCAAAUUGUUUUGAAUUAUGAUCAUCCAUCCCCGAAUAUUUAUUUGAUAAGGAAUUGCAUAAUAUCCAACACCAUGUCCAUUCC